UGCCGCGAGCCGGGCCAUGGCGGCCGCCGCGCUCGCCGCUCUCCGCGGCUCUCCGCUGCUGGCGGCUGGUGCGCGGCUACUGCGAGGACGAGGACGGCAGCCGCUCUGGCCGCGACCUGCCGGGCCCCCCCCGGCCCUGGAGCGCGACCUCAGCCUCUCCCACCGUCGGGGCACGGUGGUCGUGGAGCGCUGGUGGAAGGUGCCGCUGGCCGGGGAGGGCCGCCAGCCGCGUCUGCACCGGCGACACCGCGUCUACAAGCUGGUGGAGGACACGAAACACCGGCCAAAGGAGAACCUGGAGCUCAUCCUCACGCGGUCUGUGGAGAAACUUGGAGUCCGCGGUGACCUGGUUUCAGUCAGCAAGUCUUUGGGUCGCAAUCGGCUCCUUCCCCAAGGACUCGCUGUGUACGCAUCCCCUGAAAACCGAAAGCUGUUCGAAGAAGAGAAAUUGCUGAGACAAGAAGGAAAAUUAGAGAGGAUCCAGACCAAGGCAGGCGAGGCGACAGUGAAAUUUCUGAGAAACUGUCACUUGGAGGUAGGAAUGAAGAACAAUGUCAAAUGGGAGCUGAAUUCUGAAAUAGUUGCCCGCCACUUCCUUAAGAAUCUUGGUGUCGUGGUUGCCCCUCAUGCAUUGAAACUACCAGAGGAGCCUAUCACACGGUGGGGCGAGUAUUGGUGUGAGGUGACGGUCAAUGGGCUUGACACCGUGAGAGUUCCUAUGUCUGUGGUGAACUUUGAAAAGCCCAGGACCAAAAGAUAUAAGUUCUGGUUGGCCCAACAAGCUGCCAAGGGCCUGGCCUCCACCAGUUCCCAGACUGUCUGAACCUACUCUCCCUGCAAGACUGAAAAGCAGAAUCAGUAGCAGUGAAACAAAAAGGGGCCAGUACCCUGAUCGCACUCCCAUACCUGACCAAAUAUGGAAUUUUAGAGAACAUUUGGACUCAUCGGACUGAACGGUAUAUACAUGUUGAAUUCUCCAUUUUCGCCAUCUCCAUCAUAUCCAGCUCCAUCAGAGCACUUUUGCCAAAGAAGUACUAGGCUGUUGAUUUGAUAAACUGGAUACCAGUGGAAUGAAACAGUUUAGAUUCUAUUUAGUCUCUUCUUUUAUUGGAGUUGAUUGAAACAAAUGGAAGAGUUAGCCAUUGUCUUUAAUUUCAUCAUCCAAACUGAAUAUUUGUAUCUCAAGCAGAAAUAAAAUGUGCAUUCUUGAUAGGUAUAAU